ACCAAUUCCAACACCAAAAGUCACACAUGACAAUUCACAACACGCAUCUAUAACACACACAAUCCAAUCAAUAUUCUCUUGCUACUUGUAUGAUAUACUAUUAUCAAGCUCAAAAUUAUCUUCUUUUCAAGUCCAAACUUAGAAGCAAAAGCUAAAGAAGAAUCUUGUACAUCACUAGUUACAAGCGAAGGAGUAAAGCAUAAUAAAAAGAAGCUCUCUCGUAUUAAUUAUUCAUCAAACAUACUCUUUUAUUGUUGUUUGAGCAAACACGUAACUUUGAUUCUUUUGGAGUCCGCAAAAAUUGGAUCUAGCUCAGGAACAUGGAUACUCUAACUAGUGCUCCUUUGCUUACUUCUAAGUUCAAACCUUCGUUUUCUCCUCACCAGAAAGCAUGGUUUCCGCAUAGAAAACGGUUUGAGAACGGGAAGAAAAACCGAUCAAUUGUUCCUGUUGCUAGGUUAUUUGGACCAGCUAUAUUUGAAGCUUCGAAACUUAAGGUUUUGUUCUUAGGAAUUGACGAAAACAAACACCCAGGAAAUCUUCCUAGGACUUAUACGUUAACACAUAGUGAUGUAACCUCGAAACUCACUUUGGCAAUUUCUCAAACCAUAAAUAACUCUCAGUUGCAGGGAUGGUACAAUAGAUUGCAGAGAGAUGAAGUGGUUGCGCAAUGGAAGAAGGUGAAGGGAAAGAUGUCUCUACAUGUUCACUGUCACAUUAGUGGAGGCCAUUUUCUUUUGGAUAUCUUUGCAAGACUUAGAUACUUCAUCUUCUGCAAAGAGUUACCCGUGGUAUUGAAGGCUUUUGUUCACGGUGACGGCAACUUAUUCAACAACUAUCCAGAAUUAGAGGAAUCAUUAGUUUGGGUAUUUUUUCAUUCAAAGAUUCCAGAAUUCAACAAGGUAGAAUGUUGGGGUCCACUAAAGGAGGCUUCACAACCAACUAGUGGGAUCCACAGUGAUUUGAAAUUGCCACAAUCUUGUGAAGAAGAUUGUGAGUGUUGUUUUCCACCGUUGAAUUUAAGCCCAAUUGCGUGCUCCAAUGAACUUAUUAAUGAUAAUACUUACGAAAAUAUUGAUGGAAUUGGAACCCAACAGGGUAACUUGUAAACACACGAUACCCUUGUUGCUUCUUCUAUACGGGACUUUAUUGUGGGGAAAAUUCAAAAUCAUUUUCAAUGUAAAUAAAUAGAUAUAAGAAAAAGUCAUGUUUGGAA